UGUCACGCGCGGUUGUCAGUUACGGCGUAAAACGAAACCUGAAUAACCACAACAACAACAACAGCGGCGGCAGCAAACACAACAAGGAAGAAAUCCUGGCACUAACGGCACGCCGACUACGCGUCUGUGUGUGUGUGUGCGUGUUUGGUGUUUUUUUUUCCGGCAGCGCCUUGUAAACAAAAAUAACUUUGCUUGUUGUGACUGCAUGUGAGACUCUGUGUGUAUGUGUGUGUGUGUACUUGGUGGUGGUUUACAACCCCCAACAACAACAACAACGAGAACAACAACAGCAAGGAGAACCAACUACAAAGCUCGAGUGGCAAGGGCAAAUCCAGCAAAAGUUUUCGGGGUUGCAGACAGUUGGCAAACAAGCUGCGAAUUCCUGUUUAAAUACCCAUAAAUAUUCAACAAAAAUAAAUAUAUAAAUACCUACUUGCAUAUACACACACACAGCAUAACCGUAAAAAAGUAAAGGAUAUAUUUUGUCCGUUUAUCAUCAAAUAUUGAGCAUCAUCCGCAUAAAUAUGAGCGAUGCAGGCGGCGCACCCAAUAGCAGUCAUGGUGGCUAUCAGAAGCUGCCGCCCGGUUGGGACUGUAAAUAUGAUCAGACAACGGGCAACUGCUAUUACAUAAACUAUCUGACCAAGGCCAUGCAGCUGGAGGAUCCGCGCAACGGCCGCAACUACAAACAGUUGCACAACGAACGCUGCUCCACAGAGUCCAUUGCGCUGCAGCCCUUGACGCAAAGCUCGCACCACGGUUCGCCAUUCCACGUCGUCUAUCCCAGCAACAAUUUGACGGCCGUGCGCGCUUUCCAGGAGCGUGAGCAACGUCAGCAGCCCGCAUUGCACAAUCUAUCCACCAGCCCACUGCUCUCCGCAUCCUCGCGAGGACAACUGGAAAUGUCGUCGCCACUGCCUUUCCAGCGUGCUCGUUUGGCCUCCAACAUGUCGCGUCGGUCGACCAUCCAGGAGACCUCGUUUAGUCAUCAGCAGCAAAUCGAUACGCACGCCGUCGUUACCAAGAUACAAAACAUGUUUCCCACUGCCGACGAGAAUCACAUUCGCCUGCUCCUCAAACGCUACUACAAUCGCGAGGCCGUCGUCAUCAGCGCCUUGCAGGUGGAGAAGCAUCCGGUGACGAUGCCGGGUCCAUUUGUUACUCCACCGGCUCAGCGUCAUCUGUUCCACAGCAAUUCUGCUUUCUAUAUGACACCACCGGCGCGUCGCCUGGACAUGGGCGCUAGCCGGGUGACAGUCACCCAAUCCCAAUCCCGCACGGCCAGCCCUCUGCCCGGCGGCCGCCUCGGUAGUCUCAUGAGCAUGCAUAGUGGCCCCUCUGCACAUGGACAUGGAGCCGGAACUGGGGCGGCUGUCACCGCCACCGCCACCGCACUGCACGGCUCGCCGCAGUGGCGCAGCUCGCCGAAGCCGCACUCGUCGCCUAAAAUGAAAUUGAGAUAUAUGAAGAACAUAUUCCCCAAAGCAGAUGAAAUGCUGCUGCUGGACACCUUGGCCAAUGCGGACAACAACGUGCAGUUUGCCUCCGAGAAACUGAUCUCAUUGGGCUACACAAAGCGCGAGAUGCAGCUGCCACACAGACCCAACAAUCGGCCACCCCAACUGGGGCAGGAUCAGGAGCAAGCCAAUGAUCAGGCAGUGCAACACAUUCCACUUCGUCCCAAGGAGUACACAGCAGCUGAGAAGACAGACAUGGAAGCUUUGCUCAAGGAAAAGUAUCCACAGAUAGCGGAGCGCAUUAUUCUCAUGGCUCUGGAGUCGGUGAACUAUGCCGAGGAUCGUGCAACGCAGAUACUGCAGAUUGUGCAGGACGAGGAUGAGCAGCGCUCCAAGAAGCAUGCCACGCCCAAGAGUCUGCCACAGGAGUGCAGCAACAUGUUGCAAGUGGAGCAGGUGGACGGUGGCAACAUCACAGCACACAGCAAGCCACACAAGGUGCAUCGGCAUUUGCCAUCCAUCAACCUCAUCACGCCCACAACGGCCACCACACAGAUCCUGCUCAGCAAUUCGCCGAUGCAGGAGGAGCAGGCGGAUCAGCAGGCGAAGCCACAACCAGCGUCGGCGGCGUCAUCGAGUGCAUCAUCAAGCCAUUCAUAUGUGUCACCACAAGCACCACAGUCACCCAUCAUCAGCUAUGAGCCACUGACCACCAAGCGCAUUCUGGCCAAAUCCAACAACAACACUAAGAACAACAACUUUAGCAUCAGUGGCUACUUGCAUGGCUCUACUACUACUACUCGCACCUAUUCCUCCUAUAAUGCAUCAAUGACGUCAUCAUCGCUGGCAUCCGCUUCCGCUUCGGCCUCGGCCUCGGCCAGCUCCAUAACGAAGGCCAUCGAAUGUCGUUCGCGCGCCAAAACCGGUUCACUGAAACAUCGUGCGCCGCAUGCUGCUCACCUGGAGAAUGCUCAAAAUGCCGAAUCCACUGAAUUUCAAUCGCUCAUUGAACGCAUGGCCAGCUUGGGACCCAAUUCACAGCUCACCAAAGGCGCCAACGAGAAUCUGCUGCUUGCUGACUAUGUCACCUGGAAUGGACCGAAUACACCGCUGACACAAAAGCACUCGGCACAAGGAGCUGAUGCCAAUCUGCUGCUGGUUGCGAGUGAACGUAGCUACAAGGCAACCGGACGCAACGAACAGCUGUGCAAGGGCGCCAAGCAGGAGUUGGCCAAGGGAAGCAUCUAUGCGCCCGGCAAGAGCGCCAACAUUAAAUGCAACUAGAACAAGGAUUCCAACUCCAACUUUAGUGUGCCAAAUAAAACCUUGAAUAUUUCAAGCAGCUGCCAUGAACACAAAAAACACCCUCCAAGCAACCCAGACUUGAACUUUUACAUGUCUCCAGGUGUUCCCAUUAC